AUGGCAUUGAUGGUCGUUUUGGCAGCAGUGCUUCUCACUUAUGGAGUCUCUCCAGGAAUUGGAAUGCGGGCCCGUGAAUCUGAUGCUGUAGCUGGGAAAAACAGUGUGUUUCCACUGGACAUGGCUGAAAACUCUGUUGACGACAUGUACGAUGGGUGUGAAGAUAAAAUGAAGCAGAGGGUAACAGAAGACCUUAAGAAUGAGAAGAACAACAACCCAAACUUCACAGAGGUCUGGGACCGCUCAGAGAACGAAGUACACUGGUCAGAAGAACUUACAGAAGUACUGACAAAAAACCAGAGUGUAGCUAUCCGUACUUACACUGAUGAAGGUGUGUAUGGAGAUUUCAACGCUGCAGUUCGAACCCAGGGACCUCGGUACAAUACCACAUUCGGGUAUCACGCACUUCACUUUCUCUUGACUACUGCCAUUCAAGAUAUAAGAGCCUUUGAUAAAAAUGAAUGUCUCACUGGCUACCGUAGAGUCAACGUGUCCUUUAGCCAAGAUGUUGAAAACACAUCGAUUCGCUUCGGCUCUUUCACCUCAGCCUCACUGGGUGGUUACGCCGAUGAAGACCUUUUCGGAAACAAGUCAUGCUUUGAGAUUCUCACGUGCAUGGGAGCAAAUAUCACCCUCUAUUCUAUAUUUCCGGAUGAAAGCGAAGUGCUGAUUCCUCCCCAUGAGGUCUUUAAUGUCGUAGUGAUAAAAAACAGGUCAACUAUGCAGCCAGAUCUUCCAUGUGAGGUGGUCUAUAAAGUGAGGAGUACAGGCUAUGUUUCCAAGUUGAAUUGUGCUCUUUUUCCGAAGUAAACACUUUCACAUGUUUAACAUACAGUUAACAAAACAUGUACAAUUUAGGAUGCACCAUUUUAAGUACUGCAAAAGAUCUUUAAUCAAGAUUAAUGUGAAUGUGGAUUUAUUUGUUAACAAUCUCAAAUUGAGGUGUAGAUUUUUAAACAAGU